CGGCAACCACCACUUUGCCGUCCGUCUUCCGGACUCUUCUUCCUUCCUCCUCUUCUCCAGUUCUCCUUCCGACCUUCCUUCCUCCUCCCGCAGCUGCGUCGGCCGUUUGGGGGAGGGCAAAUUUCGUCGAAGGGAAGGAAGCAAUCGACGAUUCGAUCCGAUCUGAUUCGCCAUGAAACCCUUCAAGCAGGAAUUCACCUUCGAUGAGAGGGUCCAGGAAUCCGCCGCCAUGAUCGCCAACUACCCCGCCAGGAUCCCCGUCAUCGUUGAAAGGUUUUCAAGGAGUAAUUUACCACAAAUGGAGAAGAGGAAGUACCUGGUUCCCUGUGACAUGCCCGUUGGGCAGUUCAUUUUCAUACUACGGUCCAGGUUACACCUAUCUCCAGGAACAGCGCUAUUUGUGUUUGUAAACAACACAUUACCCCAAACAGCUAGCCUGAUGGGAAGUGUGUAUGACGCGUACAAGGACAAGGACGGCUUCCUCUACAUGUGCUACAGCAGCGAGAAGACAUUUGGCUGCCUGGCCUGACCUUAUAAACGUAGAAGUUUGCUUUGCACAGUCAGAUAGCCCGUGCAUGUGUUGCCUUGUGUAUUACAACCGUGCUCGUUCUCGAUCAACUCUGUACAUAUAAGAUCGUGCUACUCCGUAUGUUAUUGUUAUUAUUAUUAUUAUUAUUAUGUUAUAAAAGAAGUACGCAUCUCAUUUUUUAAGACAG